AUGGUCUUUACGCCACCGAGCUACCUGGGCGAGCUGCCCCCUGUCCCGGACAACAUUCCCAUCAGUGAGUUCAUGCUGAACGAUGCUUACGGACGCCAUCCUCUCCGCUCUUCGAGAGAUCCCUACACCUGCGGCAUCACCGGAAAGAGCUACUCCACUACAGAGGUAGUGGACCGGGUCAACUGUCUGUCGCGCGCCCUGGCGAAAGAGUUCGGAUGGGCUCCCAACACUGGCACGGAAUGGGAUAAGACGCUGGCUAUCUUCAGCUUGAACACCAUUGAUACUUUACCCCUAUCAUGGGCCGUCCAUCAGCUGGGAGGCCUGGUCACCCCGGCCAAUGCGGCGUAUUCCCCCGCAGAACUGAAGCACCAGCUGGUCGACUCCGGCGCAAAAGCCCUCUUCACCUGUCUGCCUCUGCUUUCAACCGCGCUAGAGGCUGCAUCACUGGCUGGAUUGCCCAAGAACCGCAUUUAUUUGAUUGAUAUGCCUCCCCAGAUCGUCGGCGAUGCGAAGGCGCCGGGGUACAAGACGCUCUCUCAGUUUGUGGAGGAGGGCAAAGCCCUUCCGCAGCUGGAGAAGCUUAGAUGGGGUCCUGGAGAUGGUGCUCGUAAAACCGCUUUCCUCUGUUACUCCAGCGGAACCUCUGGUUUGCCUAAAGGCGUCAUGAUCGCCCACCGUAACGUCAUCGCGAAUGUCCUGCAGAUCGCGACAUUCGAAAAGUCGUGGAGAGACACUCUAGGUGCGCCUGGACAGCCGUAUACGGAUGUCGGACUUGGUCUCCUCCCACAGAGCCAUAUCUAUGCCUUGGUCGUGAUUUGCCAUACGGGAACGUUCCGUGGUGACCAGACCAUUGUUCUUCCAAAGUUCGAGAUCAACUCGUACCUCAGGGCUAUUCAGGAUUUCAAGAUCGCAUCUUUAUUCCUGGUCCCUCCCAUCAUCAUCAACAUGCUGCGAAACCAAGAGCUCUGCGCAAAGUAUGAUCUUAGCUCUGCGAGGACGCUGUUCACCGGUGCAGCUCCACUUGGGGAAGAGACAGCAGCAGAUUUCCAAAAGGUUUAUCCCAACAUGAUCAUUCGUCAGGGAUAUGGCCUUACAGAGACAUGCACUGUUGUUUCCACAACCCAUCCCUUUGACGUUUUCCUUGGGUCUUCCGGCUCCCUCGUUCCAGGAUUCGAAGCCCGCUUAGUGUCCCCAGAAGGCAAAGAGAUCACAGAGUACGACACGCCCGGUGAACUUGUCGCCAACAAGGAGACCUUCGAAGAUGGAUGGAUGCGAACGGGAGAUGAGGGCGUCGUUCGCCUCAGUCCCAAAGGCACCGAGCACAUAUUCAUCGUGGACCGUAUCAAGGAACUGAUCAAGGUCAAGGGCAUGCAAGUCGCUCCCGCUGAAUUGGAGGCCCACCUCCUCACCCAUCCAGCCGUCGCCGAUUGUGCUGUGAUCGCCAUCCCUGACGAGGCUGCUGGCGAAGUGCCCAAGGCCAUUGUGGUCAAGUCCGCGUCGGCGGGCACGGACGACGAGGCGAUCAUCAAGUCUAUCCAGAAACACGUACAAGACCACAAGGCUCGUCACAAGUGGCUGAAGGGAGGAGUCCGCUUCGUCGAUGUUGUCCCUAAAAGCCCUAGCGGCAAGAUUCUCCGUCGUUUACUUCGCGACCAGGAGAAGGAGGCGCGUCGGCGGGCUGGAGUCAAGCUGUAG